UUGCCGACGCUAGUCUUUUUCCAUACAAGUCUUCUGCAGGCGUAAAGGCCGCGUGACACAAAAAACCAAGUGUAUAUACAGAAUCAACACCAUCUGUACACUGUAUUCACCGUUUUUUCUGAAAAUAAUCAACACCCUUUUCCACCAAUAAUCAAACUUUCUUGUACAAAAAUCCUUCUUAACCAGUAAAGAGAAACCCCUCUUGGUGAAAUUUUUGAAUCACAGAAAAAAAACGAGUUAAUUUGGUGGUGUAUUCAAAAUGUUAGCUCAAGUUCAGCUUUUGUUCAUGGUGGUGUUCUUGGAAAUGGGGUUGAUUUUGAUGUUUCUGUUUAGAACCCCUUUGAGGAAACUGAUAAUUAUGACACUUGAUCGUGUUAAAAGAGGCAGUGGACCGUUGAUUGUUAAAUCUGUAGCAGCUACUGUUCUUGUGAUCAUGAUUUAUACUGUUUAUUCUAUUAAGGAAUUGCAGUCUCGUCCUGCUGAUUCUGUAAAUCCUACUGAUCAAAUCCUUCUUGCUCAUCAAAUUCUUGAAGCUGCUCUUAUGGGAUUCUCUCUAUUCCUCGGACUGAUGAUUGACAGGCUACACCAUUACAUAAGGGAGCUUCGAUUACUAAGGAAGACCAUGGAGGCUGUGAAGAAGCAGGAUCGCACAUUGGACAACAUCAAGAAUGGCGAGGCCAGUACCUUAAGGGAUGAAAUCUCCUCCUUGAGGAACAAGAUGAAGCAGCUGGAAUCAGAAACCGAGGCAAAAGAAAAGGAGGUGCAAUCCCAGAGAGCAAAUUCUGAUUCUCUCAAGGGUCAAUCUGAAAAAUUGCUGCUUGAAUACGAUCGGAUCCUGGAAGAGAAUCAGAAUCUUCGAAGCCAAUUGCAAUCAGUUGACCAAACCGUGUCACAUUCUGAUAACAAAAAGAACACAUAGGAAGGAUACCAUACAUCUGUUUUCUGUCUAUUAUCAACUCUAAUCGUUGUUUUGAGAAUUUUGGUUCAAGAAGUGUGUUGUGUAAGCUUGUCUUUGUCAUCUUUGAUAGAUUCUUGUAAAAUGGUGUCUAUAUUUUAUAAUCUUCGAUAUCAUUCACUGUGCUUGAAGCUGUGUUUGUGUUCUUGGAAAGUGAUCAUGUACUCAGGUUACACUUUUGUGGGAAGUUUUAAGUGGACAUUCUGUUGAAAUGAUUGAU